ACUGUGAGCGAAGUUUAGUUUUAAACUUUUUUUGUUAGGUACUUUCGAUCUGUAAAAAUGUAUAUCAUAUCAAAUUUUGUGAAAGUUAUUGUACCAAACUAUUUAGCUGGACUACCUAUACCAGAUUCAUUUGGCGGGUGGUUCCGUUUAGGAGUAAAAGACUGGCUUGCUUUGAUUCCACCUACAAUUGUGAUUGGUGGCAUAAGUUAUUACUCCUAUCAAACUAUAAAGCAAGCAAGAGCCAUGGGACGAAUCAACCCAAUGAUAAGAUUACAUGAGAAGAAAGUUGUAGACUUUAUUGAAAUUGAGGACAUUGGUGAAAAAAUGUCAUUAUGCAGAUGCUGGAAGAGUAAAAAAUGGCCCCUCUGUGAUGGUGCUCAUGGCCCCCACAACCGUGCUACCGGAGACAACACUGGUCCUGUUGUAAUCCGCAGAGUCAAACCAGAGGAAAGCAAGUAAUUUUGUAUUGAUACAAGCGAGGCUUGUAUUGAUACGAAGCCUUUUAAUGCAGGGUGAAAUGUAAUGUGAUUCCUUAAUAUACAUAUAAUGUAUGUUACUAAGUAAAAAUUUGUUACCAUUUAUCAUCAUUUUAAUAGAGAUAAGGUUGCUUGUAAUUUUAUGGUCUGGUUUACUAUUUGUAAAUAUAUAGUACAAUUGCCUUUUAUAAAAGUAUUACUUGCCAAUAUUUAUUGAUAGAUAAAAAAGUUAAUGUGAAACAUUUUUAAGUAUGAAUCAAAGUAUGAUUAUGUGUGGAGGGAGGCUUGACCAAUUUCAAUUUAUUAAUGUAAGUUUUAUGUGAUAUAUUUCGGUGCAAAUAAUUACGAUGCAUUCCUACUAUACCUACUAUUUUUAUUGUUUAUUUUUAUAUUAACGCGAAUUAAAAUAAUAAUAUUUA